AUGGACGUCGAGCUGCUUAAUCGGGCCUGGUGCAACGAGAAGGCUGCGCCGGAGAUCCUCCGCUUCGACUCGCCCCUCGAGUCGCGCACCCACGAGCAGAUCCAGCUCCAUGAGGAGACGCUCGACGACUUCGCCGACAGUGGCGACUGGCAUCGACGAUCUGGUGGUGUGGCUGUUGCUGAUGGAGAAGUACACGAUGCAUAUCUCCAGGAGCGCCGCUUCGCCAAGAGGUACCUUCUGACUGCGCUCGUGCGUCUGCGGCAAUUGCCACAUUCGUUUAUGUUGGCAGUGUUGCCUUAUGAAAAUAACCGUGGUUCUGAUGGGGAUGGAUUUCUCGUGUCUGCUCUGUUAGAAGUUGCGUGGAGAUCAUGGAGAAGCAUCUGGAGUAGUUGUUGUCCAAGCUCCUGUGCAGUUAUGGUUCGGUUACCAGGCAGUCGUUGUCCAGCACUGAGGAUGACAUGGAAGUCUAAAUUUAAGGAUGACCGACCCACUGCGAUUGACUUCUUCAAGGCCACACAUAUUGCAUCAGCAAGACAUGUUAUAGUGAGGAUGCACAAAAAGCUAUUGCUGAAAUGGAGGCCAUCGCUGCUCAAGCACCACAAGAAGGGCAAGUGA